UUCCACUCAAACACUGUUGAUUUUGUUUUGUUUAAAUUUAUUAUGAAAAGGUGAGAAAGAUAAAGGUUGCGUCUAGAAAAUCCUCACUCACCAGGAGGCUAUUUGCGUAAACUGAGGCAAACCAGUACCCUUUUCGUAUCAGUUAUGUUCAUAGAUCACAAUCAUAUAAGACACAAGUAUGUAGUACAUCUUACUCUGCCAUCAACCAUCAUUCCCAUAUUCCUGCCUGCAAAUGGCUCUGCACUCUGCUCUGCUUUGGACCUGAAAAUCAAACGUCAACCAAGAAAAAGCUAAAGGACACAAAAUGGUCUCAGACAACACUUCCCUCUCUUCUUCUAAUCUUUCCCCAGCUCCCAAGUUUGCCAACUCCUUCACCACUCGAAUCUUUUCAGAUGUUGCAGGGGAUAUUACAAUUGCUGUUGGUGGAGAGUCCUUUCUACUGCAUAAGUUUCCAUUGGUAUCUCGAAGUGGAAAGAUCCGGAAAAUGGUUGCUGAUGGUAAGGAUCAUAAUACUUCAAAAUUGGAGCUCCUCAACUUUCCAGGUGGACCUCAGACAUUUGAACUUGCCAUGAAAUUUUGCUAUGGCAUGAACUUUGAGAUCACAACCGCAAACGUUGCCUUCCUGCGCUGUGCUGCAGAAUAUUUGGAAAUGACAGAAGACUACCGGGAAGAAAAUCUUAUUGCACGAACAGAGGUUUACUUGAAUGAGGUUGUAGUUCUAAGUCUUGAGAAGUCUGUGGAAGUCCUUUGUACUUGUGAGACACUACCACCAAUAGCAGAGGAAGUGGGAAUUUCAAAUAGAUGUGUGGAGGCUAUUGCCAUGAAUGCAUGCAAAGAGCAGUUGGUGUCAGGUUUGUCUCGGUUAGACUGUGAUGGUGAAUCUACAGAGCUUAAGAGUGGAUGUCUGGAGUGGUGGAUUGAGGAUCUUUCAGUUCUAAGGAUUGAUUAUUAUCAGAAGGUUAUCUGUGCCAUGGGAAGAAUAGGUGUUAGACCAGACAGUAUUGUUGAAUCAUUGAUGCAUUAUGCUCAAGCAUCAUUGAAAGAUAUUGGAAAAUGCCAGAUUUGGAAUCCAGUACGAAUAAAGGCAAAUCCUGGCAUGGGAGAAAAUGACCAGAAAACAAUUGUUGAAAUCCUUGUAAAUCUUUUGCCAACGGAGAAGAGCUCUUCUGUUCCAUUGACUUUCCUGUUUGGGAUGCUUAGGAUGGCAAUUAUGGUGGAAGCUACCAUAGCCUGCAGGCUUGAGCUUGAGAGGAGGAUAGCUUUUCGAUUAGAAAUGGUUUCAAUUGAUGAUUUACUUAUACCAUCUCUCCGGACUGGAGAUUCUCUGUUUGAUGUCGAUACUGUCCACAGGAUACUUGUAAAUUUUCUGCAGCGGAUUGAAGAUGAAGAAAAUGAAGAUUGUGAGAAUGCGUCAGAUGGCCUUGGUUCUCUGGGCCAUGGUUCUUUGUUGAAGGUGGGACGACUUAUUGACACAUAUUUAGCAGAAAUUGCUCCUGAUCCUUAUUUGAGUUUGCAGAAAUUCAUUGCUAUGAUAGAAAUAUUACCAGAUUAUGCUCGAGUUAUUGAUGACGGUCUUUAUAGAGCAAUUGAUAUAUACUUGAAGGCUCAUCCAAUGCUAAGUGAUCCUGAGUGUAAAAAGCUCUGCAAAUUAAUAGACUGCCAGAAACUCUCUCAAGAAGCCAGCAAUCAUGCUGCACAGAAUGAGCGACUCCCUGUACAGAUGGCGGUUCGAGUCCUAUACUUUGAGCAGCUUCGAUUGAAGAAUGCCUUGUGUGGAAGCUCCGGAGAUGGAUUCCUGUCCCAGAAAGUAAGCAGUGGUGUCCCUAGUGCAGCCAUGUCACCACGAGAUAAUUAUGCAUCUCUAAGAAGGGAAAACCGAGAACUUAAGCUUGAGAUAUCAAGAAUGAGAGUUAGAGUGAGCGAGUUGGAGAAAGAGCAGAUGUUCAUGAAACGGGGGUUGAUGGAUAAAUCAGGAAAUGGAAAAACUUUCUUGACCUCUCUAUCUAAAGGAAUUGGAAGGAUUGGGAUAUUUAGCGGGGCGGGUGGAGGGAAAGGGCAAAAAACAGGCCGGAAGUCUCGGGGAUCGGACGCCAAAACCGGAAGGAGUCGAAGGUAUUCUGUCUCUUGAAACUUAAUUUGACCUUUGUUGUGUUGAAUUAACGGUAGGAAAGUAGGACCUGACGUUUGUGAUUUCUGAAUGUAUAUACAUACCUUUCUUGAGGAGGCAAUUAAUGGCAAUGGCAUUUAUUUUUUCAUAAUGGUAAAGCAAUGUG